AUGGAGAUUGAAAAAGCUGUCGAAAACUUCAAAGCCAGCACUAAUCAAGGGAUUUCUGCAGAACUAAAAGAAAUUGGACAUUACUUUAAUUUAGGAUCACAUGAUUUAAUCUUAAAACAUUCACAUUAUACAUAUAAUAUUGAUACACUAAUGAAUAAUUUAUCCCGCUUAUGUGAAAAUGCUCCUAUAUUUAGAAAUGAUAUUCUUCCAACAAUUGCAAUUCAAAUUUGCGACGCUUUAAUUCUUAAAAUAGUAUUUUCGGCUGAAAAUGAUGUAAUUUAUAUCCUUGCGCAUGCAGUGACUGAAUUAGAAAGAUCAGAACUUCUCCAAAGUGAGCACCAAUUUGCAAAAGCUCUUUCUGUUUAUUUCGGAAAAGUUUUUGAUUGGUUCCAGGACCAGUAUGACGAAAAAGGAAUUUAUAAAUUUGUUCAGUGGGCUCAUUAUUACAAAGAUUUACAUACAAAAUCCUGCAAGAAGUGUGGUGAACUUAUGAUUGUUGAUUCAUUUGGUGCUUUUGUGCCUCCGGUUAUAAGAGAUCCGACAAAUGGAGAAGCAUAUCAUGUUUGUUGCGCUCCAGUGUUUGAAGGCUUAGAGCACCUUGGAUUUGCCGUAAAAAAGACUGAAUGA